AGCUGGAAAGGCCAGAAGCAAAGCUGGAAGAGUUGAAAUAUCUGUGGUGCGGUGUGGUGGCCCGGAAAUGAUGAGUGGCUCGGCCUUGGCAUCUCCAUGGAUCUGUGGAAAUUUUCCCUUCUCAUCAUCAUCCUCAUCAUCAUCAUCAUCAUCUGCAAUUUCUUCUUACGCGAUUGGUCUUAGGAAAUACCAAUUGUGUCCUGGUGCAUCACCGGCGUCUUCGUCUUCAUCUUCGCAUCACUGCACUCGUGCGGUCUGCGCGUUACAAUCCAGACCUUCUGCCAAGGAACUCAAAUUCGUUUUGCACGAUGCCCUUGAUUCUGCUGGAAUCAAUACCACCCAUGCCAGGGAGGCAAGGGAGGGUUUCUGCUCACAAAUUCAAAACUUAUCAAGUAUUGAGAGGGAAACAAGCAUUAGCAUAAAUAGAGGUGUUGAUUUGGGGAAAACUGCUCUCUACAUAGCAGCAGAAGAUGACUCCCUUAUUUCUCACUCUUCUGUUCCCCUCCCCGUGGAUGCGUUUCUUGGGAGGUUGGAUGAUCAUUCUAUGCAGUUCUGCUCUCACUACAGCUACUCCUUCAGAUCCUCGCCUGAGAAGCUUCUUGAGUGUUUGGAGAGAUAUUUGUAUCUUGACAAGGGUUUCAGGAGAACCAAUUCAAGGAAUCAACUAGAGCAACGGGCUCUUUAUCUCCCCUCGGUUUUGACACAUCGCUUAGGCUCUACUACUAUGCUUUCCCUUAUAUAUUCCGAGAUCUUGAAAAUGCUCCGUUUGUGGGGUCUCUUGGAUUUUGAUGUAGAGAUUUUUUCCCCUCGUGAUCCUUAUAGUUUGCCUAGAAGUUAUAAAAAGCAAAAAAGUAAGGAGUCUGAUCAGCCAUACAUCAUGACAUCACAAUCUCUAUUGGUGGAGACGUUGACAGAUUUGAAGAAUGCUUUCUGGCCGUUUCAACUUGAUAAUACCAGAAGCUUAUUCUUAAGAGCUGCACAUGCUGCUAACUGCUCAUAUGGAUUAAAUAAUGCUGAAGAAAGUGCUUUUACAAGAGCAUCUGCAAAGGCUGCUUGGCAUAGGCUAGAACGUGGAGUUUGGACCAGUGUACGCUUUGGGGAUAUGAGACUUGCACUAUCUGCAUGUGAACGACUGAUUCUCUUGGAAGCAGAUGCAAAGGAAUUAAGAGAUUACGGUGUCCUCCUUUAUCACUGUGGAUGUUUCGAGGAAUCACUGCAGUUCCUCAGAUAUUAUCAGGAUGCGAAGCAGAAGCAAUCAUCUGAGUCGCUUAGUGAACUGGAGGAAGAGGCUUUCGAAAAAUUGAUGGUCCGCCUCAGCCUCAUUCUAAUGGAAGAAGGUCGGAAUAGGCCCUCUGAAUUUAAGAGUUUCCUCUCCAAUAAAUCUGAACCGUGGUAAUGGGGCAUCGAUUAUCCGACUUAACCAAGUUAAUUCCAUUUCAUGAAAAAUUGCGAGUAUUGGUAACUAUUCUGGACGGGACUCCACGAUAGAGAAGACCGGACCGGGUUCGUGAAGCAAAACGUUUAAAUGCAGCAGCAGGGGAACAAGAAUAACGGGCAGCCAUGACAAUUAAAGUGACCUAGUGGCUCUGCAGUGAAGACAAAUUCAUCAGCCAAGCUAGAAAUGCUUUGAACAUGGAAGAGUAUUUGUACAGUUAUACAAGUCGAGAGACUUUGCAAAUUGCAUCUCCUUAGUAGUUACCCCUAAGUUUUUAUUGCAUGUCUACUGACAUGAACUGAAUCUGUAAAUCAAUAUAUGUAUUCUCCAUAUACUUUCCAGGAAAAUAUAGCGAGACAUGCAGUGUAACAAACAUUCUGUUUCUGAAUAU